AUGAAGCUCCUAGCCCUAACAUUCACCACCCUCCUCUUUUCAAUCCAAUCUGCCCACGCCGCCCGUUUCCAAUGCGCAGGAGUCAGCAGCGACCUCCACUACGACCCGAAGGGUGUAAAGACGGAACGAUGGACCGGUGGGUCCUGCGGUGCACGGGUUAAUGGAUAUUUGACCACUGCAGGCAUAAAGAGCUGUUGCGAAUUUGCGGACGAUAAAUUGCUCGCGUUCAAAAAGAAUUGCUGGAACAAGAAGGAUUACACUGAUAAACACUCGAAGGCUCAGCCUCAACCUUGUUGA